AUGGGCUUUAAUCCACUGUUCACCAUACUUAAGGAUACCAAAUUUACCAGACCUAACUAUAUUGAAUGGAAACGUAAUUUGGACAUUGUGUUGACUGCUGAGGAGUACAAGUUUUGCACUUAUGAACCCAAGCCCGAGCAGCCUGCUGCUGAUGCGCCUGAUGAGGAUAAGGAGUAUUAUAAGCGGUGGACAAAGGCUGAUGAGAUGUCGCGAUGUUACAUUCUGGCAGCAAUGUCGGAUCAGACCUACACUCAUUGGAUAUGGCAUGGAGAGUUAAAUACAGAAAGCAAGUCUCCUACAGAAGACACAGCUAGUUUAGAGUCUGUGGACCAAAUCCCGAUGAAACCAGACAAUGCUGAUAUUGAUGAUGAUAUUUCUUUUGAUUCUGCUGAUGCAUUUAACCAUGUUCAAUCUGAACAUGAACCACUUUAUCUGGGGUGUGAAGGAUUUACAAAGAUGAAGGCUUUGGUAAAGUUAUAUAACUUGAAAGCAAAAUACCAAGUAUCAGAUGGUUGCUUCUCUGAACUUCUAUUGUUGGUUGGUUCUACGCUCCCGGAAGGCAACACCUUCCCUUCUUCAUUUAGUGAAGCAAAAAAAAGCUUGUACGCUUUAGGAAUGGAGUAUGAAAAAAUUCACGUAUGUCCAAAUGAUUGUUUAUUGUAUCAUGGAGAAAAGGAUGAAGAUGAGACAAGUUGUCUUGUUUGUCAAGCCUCUAGAUGGAAGUUGAACAAAAAAGGAGAAGAAUUAGAAGGGGUUCCGGCAAAGGUUUUAUGGUAUUUCCCGUUUAUACCACGUUUGAGGACUUUAUUCAGUUCUGCACAAACAGCCAAGGACUUGACUUGGCAUGACACGGAGAGAAUAAAUGAUGGUAAAUUGAGACAUCCAGCGGAUUCAAACACAUGGAAGGAAGUCGACAGGAACAUUGUAAAAGGAUAUAAUGCGUGUCAUGUUUACGUUGAUGGAACAAAAGCAACGAGGCUGACUAAUUACCGUAAGUGCGUGGUCAUGAGGCAUCGGAGGUGGUUGCCCCGUGCACAUCCAUAUCGAAGGAAGAAAGAAGAGUUUGAUAACACAAUGGAAAAAGGAACUGCCCCAAUUCCAUUAACCGGGGAGGAGGUGCUUGAGAGAACAAAACAUUUAAAGAGUCAUGUCUUUGGUAAGACACAACGCCAACCUCGAUUCAAAGAAGGUGAUGUUCGACCUAUUUUUAAGAAGGUUUCUAUAUUUUUUGAACAUGAGUAUUGGAAGUUUUUGUCGGUUAGACAUGUUCUCGAUGUUAUGUACAUUGAGAAAAACAUUUGCGAAGCUUUACUUGGUACUAUGCUUAAUAUACCCAAGAAGAAAAAAGACAAGGAAUCUGUCCGGCUAGACAUGGCUGAAAUGGGAAUAAGAACGGAGCUAAGGCCAAAAACUCCCAGGAAAAAGGAGAAGUUACCAUUGGCAUCUUGGAAUUUAACUCAUUCGGAAAAAAAGUAG